AUGUUUGCUCGACAGAUGGGUGCAAAUAAUGAUUAUAUCAAUUAAGAAUAGAUCAUUCCUAUAAAUAUCAGAAUGAUGAAAUAAAUCAAGGUUUCGCCUUGUGAAAAAAAGGCUAUGUUAAACAAAACUAAUAUUACCUACUUAAAUGUAAUAGGUAGAAAACAAAAUUGCUUUCAAUAAUUAAAUAAGGGGAUAAUUACCAUCAACGAUGAUACAGAGUGUAUUAAUCUUGUCAUAAAUCUCAUAUCGGAAUUCGAUCAAAAUUUAUUUAAUAAAAUCAAUUAAGACUGUCCCAAACUAUAUUACUAUAAUUUUAUUUUGAGAGCUAGAGUAUACAAACGAGAAAUUAUCUUUGAUAUUUAGACUAUUCAACAAGUAAAUUAAUCAGCAAUGAUAAUUUACUAAAUGAUAAAGAUCUUAACUUGGGCAAGAUUACAUGAAGGUUAGAAAUAGUAGACUUAAUCGAGAAUAGAGAACGAAGAAGAUCAAUAGAUUCUCAUUGAAGUCAGUAAUUUGAAUGAAGAUAUCUUGACAUACCUGGGUUAAAAUUCAAGACAAGGAAAGACCUUAAAUGAAAUAAUAGAGUAUUUUAGAAUUCUGAAUAAUAUUGAACCAUAGGAUAUCAAAAAAUCUAUUGCAUUUCUAUUAAAAGAUGGAAAAAUAGAAAAUUAAUUUGAUGUAUUCAGCCUAGUUAUUCAUAGAUGA